AUGGCGGGCUUCCUCAAGUCGUCCGACCUCGGGCCGCACCCGCACGGGUACGGCACCUCGCACCAUCCGCACCAUGCCCAUCCGCAUGGACCUUUACCGCCCGGAAUGCCUAUGACAUCGUUAGCCCCGUUCGGUCUUCCCCACGGGCUAGAUGCUGUAGGAUUUCCGCAAGGUAUGUGGGGUGUCAAUCCACGAAAACAGCGUCGCGAACGGACCACGUUCACCCGGGCCCAGCUCGAUGUACUCGAGGCGCUGUUCGGCAAGACUCGCUAUCCGGAUAUCUUCAUGCGCGAGGAGGUGGCACUCAAGAUCAACCUUCCUGAAUCAAGAGUACAGGUAUGGUUCAAGAAUAGACGUGCCAAGUGCCGACAGCAGCUACAGCAUCAGUCGUCGUCCAACCUGAACGGGAGCAAAUCGUCGGGCAGCUCGAGCGGGUCGGCGGGGCGUGGCGGUGCGGGCCAGAGCGGGGCCAGUGGAGCGUCGGGCGGGAACGGUGGAUCCGGGACGGGUGCGUCCGGUGCGGGCGGCAACAACAGCGGCAACAACAGUGGCAGCAAGAACUCCAUAGUGAACGCCAACAACAAGCCGACGAUCAAGCACACGCCGAUGAACAGCGGACACAACCCGGGUGUCAACGGUGGUGGUGGUGGAGGUGGUGGUGGUGCCGGCAAUCAGUCGAACUCGGCUGGCCCGAGCCACGGGCAGGGCGGGCCGCAGAGCCUGAGCGGUCACAGCAACGCGUCGCCGAUCCUGCCGAUCACCCCGUCAACCUCCGUCAGUCCGCCGAUCAACGUGAUCUGCAAGAAGGAGCAACCGUCGUCGUUCCACCACGGGGCGGGCGCGGGCGGCAACGAGGGACCGGGCGCGACCAUGAAGGCGACCGGGUACGACCUGCUGAAGGACACGGAGCUGAACCUAGCGCAUCACCACCACCAUUCGCCCGCCGCCUACGUCAACAUCAACUCCCGGUUAGGGCAGUCGCUGAGCUCGGCCGGCGUCGGUGGCGUCGGCGGCGGCGGCGUCGGGGUGGUCGGGAGCGUGGGAGGCGUGGUCGGCGGAGUGGUCGGUGGAGUCGGUGGCGUCGGCGGCGGAGUCGGUGGUGGCGGGGGGGGCCUCGGCAAUGGGCCGUCGGCCGGCAACCUGACGCCGCUCGGGUCGAACUCCUCCAUCAUGACCACGCCGUCGCCGCCGAUCACACCGCAGACGUCCCACAAUCCGCUCUCGUACGUGCCGAACCACGAGACGUACAACUUCUGGCACAACCAGUACCAGCAGUACCCGAACAACUACAACACGCCGUCCUACUACAGCCAGAUGGACUACUUCCAGAACCAGAACCAGGGCAACUACAACAUGGGACACACCGGCUACACCACGUCGGCCAACUUCGGGCUCGCCUCCACGUCCGCCCUCGCCGGGCCCAUGAGCUCCCAAACCUUCAGUCCCAACGGGCUGGACUACAUGAACCCGCAGGAUAAGUACGUCAACAUGGUGUAAGGGGCGCGAGGAAUUUCAGGAACUUCCGCCGUCACCACGAGUUCCCUUGGCAUGAGUUCCCCACAGGGGGAGGGUUGUAGGACCAUAUCACACACACACCACGGGGGUUCUAAACAAAACGAGAGACCAUAUCAAACAUCCCCCCCCGCCCCCGCCCCCAAUUCCCAGUUCCCCGUCCUGAUACCCCAUUCGCUCACACAUUGAGAGGUCCUUAGCUGCCAGCUUAACCUUCGCUCUGGUAAGUGAUGCGUGUGUGUUUGUGUUCUACACAGUUAGAUUCCCUUUCCUAAGAAAGCUACCACGCUUUACCCACGAGCCAUGCCAUGGAUGCGAGGGGCAGGCAAAGCUGUACAAGCCCUUCUGCCACCGGAACUCACCGAAAACACACAUAUAUGGACAUGUCGAGCGCUAAAGCAAAAAAAAAAAACACGAGGGAAGG